CGAGCGCGCACGCCUCGGCCCGGCGGCCGCGCUCCUCGCACCGCCUUCUCCGCAGGUCUUUAUUCAUCUCAUCUCCCUCUUCCCCUUCUCCUUCUCCUUUGCCUCCUUCUCCUCCUCUUCCUCCCCCUCCUCCACCACCUCCUCCUCCUCUGCCGCCGCCACCUCCUCCUCUUGCAUCUCACUGGCCUGGCUCUGAGUGACAAAGACAAUGUCCCAGCCUUAACUUUGCAACCACCUUGCCUCCUUCUGGGGUUCAGCAGGGGGGAGGGGGGACAGCAGCAGCAGCCUCAGCAUCUCCUCCAGCUUCUCCUUCUGCUCUUCUCGAGCUCUUGGAUAAUUCUUCCUCCUUCUUCCCCUAGCCUUUUUCGUCAUUUCUUUCUUUCUUUCUUUUUUUUCUUCCUCUCUGCUGCACGUUGUUGUUGUUAUUAGAAAGGCUUCGCGCACCCCCUGGUGCUCCGGCGUUUUGUGUGGCAGGAGAAGAUUGUCUUCCUUCUCUCUUUCUGUCUUGCUUUCUCUCUCCCCCUGGUUGCUCAUUAUUCAGAGAGAGACACAGAGGGAGGGAGAGAGAGAGAGCGCGCGAGGGAGAGGGAGGAGAGGAGAGAGAAGAGGAGAGAGGGGAGAGAGAGAGUGAGAGGGAGAGGGAGGGAGAGAGAGAGAGAGAGAGAGAGAGGGAGAGAGACGGAUAUCUCAGGUCAUCUGCAGCUGCAGCGAGUCUGAGGAGCCGAGGAAGGCAGGGAAGAUGGCGAUCCUCCAUUGCUGAGACCCGGCAGAAGCACAUGAGACUCCCAAACAACUUCCACAACAAUAACCCGAGCAGGAAGAGGAGAAAGAGAAAGAGGAUAAGGAGGCGGUGGGGCUGGAGAACCCGAAGCACCUCCCGGCGCCGGGACGCUUCUUCUGUUCCUAAUGUGAGAGGGUAGUCCCAGAUCAUGGAGGUGCUUCAGUGUGAUGGCUGUGAUUUCAGAGCCCCAUCUUAUGAAGAUCUCAAGGCACACAUUCAGGAUGUCCACACGGCAUUUCUGCAGCCAACUGAUGUUGCUGAGGACAAUGUGAAUGAGCCACGAUGUGGGUCCAUGAACGCCAGUAAUCAGACAGAGGUGGAGUUUUCUUCUAUAAAGGAUGAAUUUGCCAUUGCAGAAGAUUUAUCAGGUCAAAAUGCAACUGCAUUGGGGACCGGAGGUUACUAUGGCCACAGUUCAGGAUAUUAUGGUCAGCAUAUUGCCGCUAAUCCCAAACCAACAAACAAGUUUUUUCAAUGCAAGUUCUGUGUACGCUACUUCAGGUCAAAAAACCUCCUCAUAGAACACACUAGAAAGGUCCAUGGAGCUCAAGCUGAAGGGAGUUCAUCAGGACCCCCUGUCCCGGGAUCCUUAAAUUAUAAUAUCAUGAUGCACGAGGGAUUUGGAAAGGUCUUCUCUUGCCAGUUUUGCACAUACAAGUCACCAAGAAGGGCAAGAAUAAUUAAGCAUCAGAAGAUGUAUCACAAAAACAAUUUGAAGGAGACCACUGCUCCCCCACCUGCUCCUGCUCCAAUGCCAGACCCUGUGGUUCCGCCUGUAUCCCUGCAGGACCCCUGCAAGGAACUGCCAGCAGAGGUUGUGGAGCGCAGCAUCUUAGAGUCUAUGGUCAAGCCUUUGACCAAAUCUCGAGGCAACUUUUGUUGUGAGUGGUGCAGCUACCAGACCCCCCGCCGAGAACGCUGGUGUGACCACAUGAUGAAGAAACACCGCAGUAUGGUCAAGAUCCUUUCCAGUCUCAGACAGCAACAAGAAGGAACUAAUCUACCUGAUGUGCCGAGCAAGAGUGCCCCCAGCCCCACUUCCAACUCCACCUAUCUGACCAUGAAUGCUGCAAGCCGGGAGAUACCCAAUACCACCGUCUCCAACUUCAGGGGCUCCAUGGGCAACUCCAUCAUGAGACCCAAUUCUUCUUCAGCUUCCAAGUUUUCGCCCAUGUCUUACCCUCAGAUGAAGCCGAAGUCACCUCACAAUUCUGGUCUAGUUAACUUGGUAGAGAGAUCCCGUUAUGGAAUGACUGACAUGACCAAUUCUUCUGCUGACCUGGAAACUAACAGCAUGCUAAAUGACUCUAGUUCUGAUGAAGAGUUAAAUGAAAUAGACAGUGAGAAUGGUUUAAGUGCUAUGGAUCACCAGACAUCAGGCCUGUCUGUAGAGCAGCUGAUGGGCUCAGAUGGCAACAAAUUAUUGGAGACCAAGGGGAUUCCAUUUAGAAGAUUCAUGAAUAGGUUCCAGUGCCCCUUUUGUCCUUUCCUCACCAUGCAUCGACGUAGCAUCUCUCGUCACAUAGAAAACAUCCACUUAUCUGGAAAGACAGCUGUCUACAAAUGUGACGAAUGUCCGUUUACUUGCAAGAGCUCGUUGAAACUUGGGGCUCACAAACAGUGUCACACGGGUACAACGUCAGAUUGGGAUGCUGUGAAUUCCCAGAGUGAAAGCGUUUCUUCCUCACUGAAUGAAGGUGUGGUGUCUUAUGAGAGCUCAAGCAUCAAUGGUAGAAAGUCAGGAGUCAUGUUGGAUCCCUUGCAGCAGCAACAGCCACCGCAACCACCACCACCGCCACCACCACCGCCACCAUCACAGCCACUGCAGCAGCCACAGCCACCACAGCUGCAGCCACCACAUCAGGUGCCACCCCAGCCACAAACACAGCCACCACCAACGCAGCAGCCACAGCCACCCACACAAGCCGCACCUCUGCAUCCGUACAAAUGCACCAUGUGUAAUUACUCCACCACAACUCUGAAAGGGCUAAGAGUCCAUCAGCAGCAUAAACAUUCAUUCUGUGACAACUUGCCAAAAUUCGAGGGGCAGCCCUCAAGCCUACCAUUGGAAAACGAGACAGACAGCCACCCCUCUUCCAGCAACACUGUGAAGAAAAGUCAGACCUCAAUUCUUGGGUUGUCCUCCAAGAACAAUUUUGUAGCUAAGGCCUCUAGGAAGCUCGCCAAUGACUUUCCCCUAGAUUUGUCACCUGUGAAGAAGAGAACCAGGAUUGACGAGAUAGCAAGCAACCUUCAGAGCAAAAUUAACCAAACCAAACAGCAGGAAGAUGCAGUGAUCAAUGUUGAGGAUGAUGAGGAGGAAGAGGAAGACAACGAAGUCGAGAUAGAGGUUGAGUUGGACAGGGAGGAAGAGCCGACAGAACCCAUCAUAGAGGUUCCCACUUCCUUUUCUGCCCAACAGAUAUGGGCAAGAGAUACCAGUGAGCCCCAGAAGGAGCCCAACUUCAGAAACAUCACCCACGAUUACAAUGCCACCAAUGGGGCUGAGAUUGAGCUCACCCUUUCUGAAGAUGAAGAGGAUUAUUACGGCUCCUCAACAAACUUGAAAGAUCACCAAGUUUCCAAUACUGCUCUGCUGAAUACCCAAAAUCCCAUCUAUGGGACUGAGCACAAUAAUGAAAACACAGACUUUGGUGACUCUGGAAGGCUUUACUAUUGUAAACACUGUGACUUUAACAACAAAUCUGCCCGGAGUGUUAGCACCCACUACCAACGAAUGCACCCAUACAUUAAAUUCAGCUUUAGGUACAUCUUGGACCCCAACGAUCAUAGUGCAGUGUACAGGUGCCUGGAAUGCUACAUCGAUUACACCAAUUUCGAAGAUCUCCAGCAGCAUUAUGGCGAACACCACCCAGAAGCCAUGAAUGUACUCAACUUUGAUCACUCGGACCUGAUCUACCGGUGUCGGUUUUGUUCAUACACGAGCCCGAAUGUUAGAAGCCUGAUGCCACAUUACCAAAGAAUGCAUCCCACGGUGAAGAUCAACAACGCGAUGAUAUUUUCAAGCUAUGUCGUGGAGCAGCAGGAAGGGCUGAAUACGGAAUCCCAGACCCUGAGGGAGAUUCUGAAUUCGGCUCCCAAGAACAUGGCGACUUCCACACCUGUGGCUCGUGGUGGUGGUUUGCCAGCUACGUUCAACAAAAACACUCCUUCUAAGACCUUUACUCCUGAAUGUGAAAAUCAGAAGGACCCUUUGGUCAACACUGUUGUUGUUUAUGAUUGUGAUGUUUGUUCGUUUGCAAGCCCCAACAUGCAUUCUGUCUUGGUUCAUUAUCAGAAGAAACACCCCGAAGAAAAGGCUUCCUACUUUAGGAUCCAGAAAACUAUGCGAAUGGUGUCUGUGGACAGGGGCUCUGCCCUUUCUCAAUUAUCAUUUGAGGUGGGUGCUCCAAUGUCUCCCAAAAUGUCCAACAUGGGUUCCCCACCCCCCCCACAACCCCCGCCACCAGACCUCAGUACUGAGCUUUACUACUGCAAACACUGUUCCUACAGCAAUCGGUCAGUUGUGGGAGUGCUUGUCCACUACCAGAAAAGACACCCAGAAAUAAAGGUUACUGCCAAAUAUAUCAGACAGGCUCCUCCCACAGCUGCAAUGAUGAGAGGGGUCGAAGGGCCCCAAGGCUCCCCCCGGCCACCUGCCCCCAUACAACAGCUGAACCGAAGCAGCUCUGAGAGAGAUGGCCCUCCUGUGGAGAAUGAGAUGUUCUUUUGCCAGCACUGUGAUUAUGGGAACCGGACGGUCAAAGGGGUACUCAUUCAUUAUCAGAAGAAGCACCGAGACUUCAAGGCCAAUGCAGACGUGAUCCGGCAGCAUACAGCCACCAUUCGAAGCCUCUGCGACCGAAAUCAGAAGAAGCCUGCCAGCUGCGUGCUUGUCUCCCCCUCUAAUCUGGAGCGGGACAAAACGAAACUCCGAGCACUAAAAUGUAGGCAGUGCUCAUAUACCUCCCCCUACUUCUAUGCACUGAGGAAGCAUAUCAAGAAAGACCACCCCGCCCUGAAAGCCACAGUUACGUCCAUCAUGCGAUGGGCAUUUCUAGAUGGCUUGAUAGAAGCUGGCUACCACUGUGAGUGGUGCAUCUACUCCCAUACGGAGCCCAACGGUUUGCUCCUGCAUUACCAACGGAGGCAUCCAGAACACUAUGUUGAUUACACCUACAUGGCUACUAAACUGUGGGCUGGGCCAGACCCAUCCCCUCCCUCUCUCACAAUGCCAGCCGAAGCCAAAACCUACAGAUGCAGGGACUGUGUUUUUGAAGCUGUCUCCAUCUGGGACAUCACUAAUCACUACCAAGCAUUCCACCCCUGGGCCAUGAAUGGUGAUGAGUCAGUGCUGCUGGACAUCAUCAAGGACAAGGAUGCUGUGGAGAAGCCCAUUCUUUCAUCUGAAGAGUUGGCAGGCCCUGUGAAUUGUGAAAACAGUAUACCCACCCCUCUCCCAGAGCAGGAAGCUGAAUGUCCAGAGGAUGCAAGACUGUCCCCUGAGAAAAGCCUGCAGCUAGCUUCAGCCAACCCCGCCAUAUCCUCUACCCCAUACCAGUGCACGGUAUGCCAAUCUGAGUAUAACAACUUGCAUGGCCUUCUCACUCAUUAUGGGAAGAAGCACCCUGGCAUGAAAGUGAAGGCUGCUGACUUUGCCCAGGACAUUGACAUCAACCCAGGUGCCGUCUACAAAUGCAGGCAUUGCCCAUACAUCAACACCCGCAUCCAUGGCGUACUGACCCACUACCAGAAGCGACACCCGUCCGUCAAGGUGACCGCUGAGGACUUUGUGCACGACGUAGAGCAGUCCGCUGACAUAUCCCAGAACGACGUGGAGGAGACGAGCAGGAUCUUCAAGCAAGGGUACGGCGCCUACCGGUGCAAACUGUGUCCGUACACACACGGCACUUUGGAGAAACUGAAAAUCCACUACGAGAAGUAUCACAAUCAACCUGAAUUUGAUGUCUUUUCCCAGUCGCCCCCGAAGCUGCCAGUCCCCCUCGAGCCCGAGAUGACCACUGGUGUGAGCCCCUCCCAAGUCUCCAUCACUGAGGAGGAGGUGGGAGAGGAGCCCGUGUCUACUUCUCACUUCUCUACCUCCCACCUGGUCUCCCACACUGUGUUCCGGUGCCAGCUCUGCAAGUACUUCUGCUCCACAAGGAAGGGGAUUGCCAGGCACUACCGCAUCAAGCACAAUAAUGUCCGCGCCCAGCCAGAAGGCAAGAACAACCUCUUCAAGUGUGCCCUGUGUGCCUACACCAACCCCAUCCGCAAAGGUCUGGCAGCCCAUUACCAGAAGCGCCACGACAUUGAUGCGUAUUACACUCACUGCCUGGCAGCCUCCAGGACCAUCAGCGACAAGCCCAAUAAAGUGAUCAUCCCAUCCCCGCCCAAGGACGACUCCCCUCAGCUGAGCGAGGAACUCCGGCGGGCAGUGGAGAAGAAAAAGUGCUCCUUGUGCUCUUUCCAGUCUUUCAGCAAGAAGGGCAUCGUGUCCCAUUACAUGAAACGCCACCCAGGGGUGUUCCCAAAGAAGCAGCACGCCAGCAAGUUGGGGGGCUACUUCACAGCCGUCUAUGCAGAUGAGCAUGAGAAGCCCACGCUGAUGGAAGAAGAGGAGAGAGGCAGCUUUGAGAAAGCCGAGGUGGAGGGUGAAGCUCAGGAAAUCGAGUGGCUCCCGUUCCGCUGCAUCAAAUGCUUCAAGCUGUCCUUUAGCACUGCAGAGCUGUUGUGCAUGCAUUACACUGACCACCACAGUCGGGACCUAAAGAGGGACUUCAUCAUUCUGGGCAACGGCCCCCGCUUGCAGAACUCCACCUACCAGUGUAAGCACUGUGAUAGCAAACUGCAAAGCACAGCCGAGCUGACCUCACACUUGAACAUUCACAAUGAGGAAUUCCAGAAGCGUGCCAAACGUCAGGAGAGGAGGAAACAGCUUUUGAGCAAGCAGAAAUAUGCAGAUGGUGCUUUUGCAGAUUUCAAACAAGAGAGGCCUUUUGGUCACUUAGAAGAGGUGCCAAAGAUCAAGGAGAGGAAAGUGGUGGGCUACAAAUGUAAAUUCUGUGUGGAAGUGCACCCAACGCUCCGAGCCAUCUGCAAUCACCUCCGAAAGCACGUCCAGUAUGGCAAUGUCCCAGCUGUGUCAGCUGCUGUGAAGGGGCUGCGUUCUCAUGAGAGGAGCCACCUGGCCCUGGCCAUGUUUACCCGUGAGGACAAGUACAGCUGCCAGUAUUGCUCGUUUGUUUCUGCUUUCAGGCACAAUUUGGAUCGCCAUAUGCAAACCCACCACGGACACCAUAAACCAUUCCGAUGCAAACUCUGCUCCUUCAAGUCCUCCUAUAACAGCCGGCUGAAAACACAUAUACUCAAAGCUCAUGCUGGUGAGCAUGCCUACAAGUGUUCUUGGUGCUCAUUCUCCACCAUGACAAUCAGCCAGCUGAAGGAACACUCCCUCAAGGUCCACGGAAAAGCCCUGACCCUCCCCAGGCCACGGAUCGUCAGUCUCCUCUCCUCACACUCCCACCACUCCUCCCAAAAAGCUACCCCGGCUGAAGAAGUGGAAGACUCCAAUGACUCAUCAUAUUCAGAGCCCCCAGAUGUUCAGCAGCAGUUGAACCACUAUCAGUCAGCUGCCCUGGCAAGGAACAACAGCCGUGUUAGCCCUGUGCCUCUUUCUGGGGCUGCUGCUGGCACUGAGCAGAAAACCGAAGCCGUGCUUCACUGCGAAUUCUGUGAAUUCUCCUCCGGCUACAUCCAGAGCAUCAGGCGCCAUUACCGGGACAAGCAUGGUGGGAAGAAGCUUUUCAAGUGCAAAGACUGCUCGUUUUACACAGGCUUUAAAUCUGCUUUUACUAUGCACGUGGAAGCUGGGCACUCAGCGGUUCCCGAGGAGGGCCCCAAAGAUCUUCGCUGUCCUCUCUGCCUCUAUCACACCAAAUACAAGCGCAACAUGAUUGACCACAUCGUGCUGCACCGAGAAGAGCGCGUUGUCCCCAUUGAAGUUUGCCGGUCCAAACUGUCCAAAUACUUGCAGGGAGUAGUUUUCCGCUGUGAUAAGUGUACCUUCACCUGCUCCAGUGAUGAGAGCCUCCAGCAACAUAUAGAAAAGCACAAUGAACUGAAACCUUACAAAUGCCAGCUCUGCUACUAUGAGACCAAGCACACGGAGGAACUGGACAGCCACCUUCGGGAUGAGCAUAAGGUAAGCCGUAACUUUGAGCUGGUUGGACGGGUUAACUUGGAUCAGCUGGAACAGAUGAAGGAGAAAAUGGAGAGCUCCAGCAGUGAUGAUGAGGACAAAGAAGAAGAAAUGAACAGCAAGGCUGAAGACAGAGAGCUGAUGAGGUUUUCUGACCACGGGGCUGUUAUUAACACUGAGAAGCGUUUUCCAUGUGAAUUUUGUGGACGGGCAUUUUCACAGGGCUCUGAGUGGGAAAGACAUGUGCUGAGACACGGCAUGGCAUUGAAUGACACCAAACAGAUGAGCAGAGAAGAAAUCCACCCAAAAGAGAUCAUGGAGAACAGUGUUAAAAUGCCCUCCAUAGAGGAAAAGGAAGAUGACGAGGCCAUUGGGAUAGACUUUUCCCUAAAGAAUGAAACAGUAGCCAUCUGUGUAGUAACUGCUGACAAAUCUCUCCUGGAGAAUGCAGAGGCCAAAAAAGAAUAAGCGUUUGGUGAAAUUCUUAAUCAAACCUUACUUGAACAGUGAUGAAAAAGUGGGAGGGCUGGCUUGGGCUGAGAAGGGAGGGACAGAAAAGAGAAGACAGAACAAAGCUGCUUUUUAGGACUGAACAAUCUAUUUUCAAAGCACUGGUACCUGUGUGAGUGAGUAUGUAAAUUAAAGUUAUUUAAAUGGUUGGAAUAUGUGGCUCCUUUUCCAUCACUACAUCUUUUCUUCCGGAUCUUCAUCAUGGAAGUUUCAUUUGUUGCGGAAUAUGGAAGCACCUCCCAAGGGUACGGUGCACCCUGUGGUGGUCUUGGACAGUAUGUGGAAACAGAAGCUCCAUGACAGUAGAAGACUUCUCAUUGGGGAGCAACUUUUUGACGCACAACUUUUGGUGCGUUUUUCUAGUUUUAAUACCUUAAGCUUUUUCAAGACCUAACUGCAGCCGCUUUGGGAAAAAAAAACAAAAAACAAAAAACAGAAAACAAAACAAAAAAAAAACUGCUUUGCAUAAAACAGUCACCUGUUUCCUAGUACCUCAAUCUUAACCAAGGGAACUCUCUGCAUUUGUCAGUACUACCUGUCGUCGUUGUGGUUAAAUGUAGAGAGAACUGCUGGGCAAGAUGGUGAAUGGAGAAAAAAAAAAGAGUUUUAAAGAAAGGAACACAAAUUGUGCUUAAAAUCCCCAUGUGGGUUUUAUUUCUUAAAAUACUGUGAUUUUUUUAAUUAUUUUAGUAAAAAACAAAACAAAAAAAAGAAACAGACUUUAAUUAUUAGAUAACUGUUUGUGAAUUGUCAUCCUUUAUUCCAGGUAAGCUGUUUAUUAGUGUUCAACUAUAAUUUAGAAUUUGGUAGAUUCAUGUGAGCUAAUUUUAAGGUGAUUGUGGAGUUAUGUUUGCCACGUGUUUAUUUUCUAUCAAUUUGAGUGUUACAAACACAGCACAAUUCAGUUUUUCAUAUGAAUUGUUUUUCGUGUGUGUGUUGUUAUUGUUGUUUUAAUUUCGGGGCAAGGGAGAUUUAGUUUUUUGUGAAUAGGAAUGUUUUUAUUUUAAACAUGGAAAUAACAAAGAAGUUAACUUUCUUUUUUUUUUUUUUUUUUUUAAUUUAACUAAAGAACCAAACUUUCGGCACAGCUAUGCAGCUUGUGGGCCAGACGAGGAGGUCCUCCUCACCCUUUUGUUGCCUGUCAAAUUCACGCAUUAUCCGUCUCACAAAUAAUUUCUGUUAGGAUUGGCUGGCUUUUGUGUGUGAUUUUAAAAUCUGUGUUUUGUUUCUGCUGGCAUUGUGUUUUGCGGGGGGUUUUCAUUUAUUUAGGGGACGAGGGGGUGUACUAGUAUCCCGUCCCUUUGGUGAGAGUGGACAAGAAAUAACGUAUAUCCUACAAGGAGCCUGGAGAACUACUUUCUUUCUUUCUUUUUUUUUUUUUUUUUAAAUCUAGCUGCCAGCUGCUCUGUCCCCCAUAUCGGCUUUUUCAGGAGGGAGCAGCUUAGACUAAAUCUAAGCCUACAUUUAUAAUAUGUUCUGAUUGUGAACAAAGGGUUUCGUUCCAAAAAAUAGAAAAGAACUUUUCUUGAAGCCUAGGUUUUAGAAGCCCGUGUGUGUGUGUGUGUGUGCUUGGAUGUGUGUGUGCGUGUAUGAGUGUGUGUGUGCAUGUGUGCACGUGUGAGUCCUUUGAUUUUCAUGUUUUGUUUUGUUUUUUUUUACUUGGAAGGGUUGUGGGAGGGUGGGAGGGAAGAAAGGGAAGGGGAAUUGCUGAGAUGACAGUGUCCCACACAGCUUCAAAUAAAAUCCAUGGAAAGAUGUUGCAUUUGUGGAAUAAGUGCUUACUUGAAAAGCAUGUUCUUCUUUUAUUUUCUUACUGUUAAGAAUUUUUAUUUGUAGGAUGUUUGUUUUAAUUUAAUUUUUUUAAGGGAUGGGGGCCAUCACGUGGAAACCAGAAAAUGGGGAAAGUGUGAACUAUCCAGACAAAGAUUCAUUUUGUGUCUAUAUUUGUUUUUAAUUGGCCUCAUUUCAAAUGUAUUAAACAGUUCCAUACCUGGAUUGGGUGUUUGUAAUGGUUACCAAAAAACAAACAAAAAAAGAAAGAAAAAGGAAAAAAAAAAAGAAAAUAAUUGUGACAUGCUUUUAUCACUACUUUAUUUUUCAAAUAACAUGUAAAUAUUGUAAUCCAUUGGAUUUUGUUUUGCUAACCUGUUAAUAAAAAUAUGGGACCAUUAUCCUUUUAACAAGGCUAGAAUGUCCUUUUUUUCUUUUUCAAACAUAUACCUGAUAUUUUGUGGCCGCACAUUUUGGAUGCAUUAUUAUAAUUCUGUUGACUGUAAUGACAUAGAAUUUACAACAUUUUUUGUUGUUGUUUAAUUUAUACAGAGGACAUUUUUUUCAGAGCUUGAGAGAAGAAAAUAAAUAGCAAAAUGAUAACCUAUUGACUCCAGUAUUCAGUGUUUCCCAAUACUUCAUAAAAGAUAGGGAGACCCUGAGUCCUUGAAGCCAAGGGUUUAAAAACAAAACAAAAAAAAAACAAAAACAAAACAAAAAAACCACAAGUAGGUUAUUCAAGUUGUUUGCAACAUACAUUUUGUAAUGAAAUGUGAGAAAUUAAUAAAGAAUUUUUUUCACAUG